ACUGACCGAAUUUCAAUUCUUUACAGUUGACGAUUGUGUUGGAGACGGUCUGGUCUGGCGGCGGUCGGUUAGAUCAAAAACGAGCCGCUCAAGCAAACGCGCAUUUUGUUAUAAAAUUUUGUGUGUGUUAUAAUUUUUGCAAAUAUUUCUAAAUUUUCGGACGUGGAAUUAAAGGACUACAACAAGUGUGACUCCAUCAAACUAUGGAAACAACGACACCUGUAAAUAAUAGUGUAAUGAACGGCAAUCACUACGAAAAUUUGCACGAAAGACGCCUUAAUAUGUACAAAUCUAAGGUAGAUGUUGUGCUCGGAGCCCAAUGGGGCGAUGAGGGCAAAGGCAAAGUUGUGGAUAUGUUGGCCUCCGAGGUUGAUAUUGUCUGCAGAUGUCAGGGUGGCAAUAAUGCCGGUCACACUGUCGUAGCCAAUGGCACUGAAUUUGAUUUCCAUCUUUUGCCCAGUGGUAUUGUCAAUGAGAAAUGUAUUUCAGUAAUUGGUAACGGCGUUGUCAUACACUUGCCAUCUCUAUUCGAUGAAUUGAGCAAAAAUGAAGCUAAAGGUUUGCAAAAGAUCGAACAUCGCUUAAUUAUAUCCGAUCGUGCACAUUUGGUUUUCGAUUUCCAUCAGGCUGUUGAUGGUAUGCAAGAAGCUGAAAAGGGUGGCAAAUCGUUGGGUACCACCAAAAAGGGUAUUGGUCCAGCCUACUCCAGCAAGGCCACACGCAAUGGCAUUCGUGUUGGUGAAUUGCUGGGCGAUUUUAAUCUCUUCAGCGAAAAAUUCAAAUCUAUUGUGGCCACUCAUGUGCGUUUGUUCCCCUCCAUCAAUGUAGAUGUUGAUGCUGAGCUGGCACGUUAUAAGGAAUAUGCUGAAAAGAUUCGCCCCUAUGUCAAGGACACAAUUUGCUUUUUGCACACCGCUCUGCGUCAGGGCAAAACCAUUUUGGUUGAAGGCGCCAAUGCUGCAAUGUUGGAUAUUGAUUUUGGCACAUAUCCCUAUGUGACCAGCAGUAAUUGUAGUAUUGGUGGUGUGUUGACUGGUCUUGGCCUGCCACCACAAACCAUUGGUGAAGUUAUUGGUGUUGUCAAGGCAUAUACGACUCGUGUUGGUGACGGUCCCUUCCCCACCGAACAAUUGAAUGAAGUUGGUGAUCUUCUUCAAACUCGUGGCUUUGAAGUAGGUGUUACCACCAAGAGAAAACGUCGUUGCGGUUGGUUGGAUUUGCCUUUACUGAAAUAUACCUCAUUAGUUAAUGGCUAUACCUGCAUCUGCCUUACAAAACUCGAUAUCCUAGAUACUUUAGAAGAAAUUAAAGUUGCUGUAGCGUACAAGCGUGCCAAUGGUGACAAACUGGAUCAUUUCCCCGGCACCGUUGCCGAAUUGGCCACCAUUGAAGUGGAAUAUGCCGUCCUACCCGGCUGGAAAACGUGUACGGAAAAUAUACGUGACUUCAAGGAAUUGCCCGAAAAUGCACAAAAAUAUGUACGCUUCAUGGAAAGUGAACUUGGUGUACCCAUACGAUGGGUCGGUGUCGGCAAGGGUCGCGAGUCUAUUAUUAAUGUACAUUAGCACUUAGCACUUUUAGUUUAACGCAGAUUAUUUUAGAGCAUAUAUACAUAUAUCUCUUCUUUUAUUUUACCGUCUUUUGGUUUCUUUAUAAUUUUUUGUUUCAACAUAAAUGGCUACAUAAAAUAAAUAUAUUUUGUAUUUCUUAAGAAACCCUUUGACCAUAAAUUUACUAUUAAAAAUAAUUGCUUCCUUAA